AUUUCAUCAUUUAUCUUCUAAUUUUGUUUUCUAAAAAAAUGAUAUGAAGGAACCGGACAAUGAUCGAUGGAAUAUCAGCCCUCAAAACUUUAUCUUCGAGUUACGUACUCGAUCCAUAUAUUUAUUAUUUAAACCCGUAGCUGAAAUUCACCGAAGAAAGACAGAGAGGGAAAAAAAAAAAAAAGAAGAAGAAGAAAUGGAUGUCGCCAGAGUGAUCGUGGAUAAACGGUUCUGCGCUCCGUACCCCGUUGAUCUUACGAUAGUGCGGAAGGUGAUGAGGUUAACGGCCGGUAACUUCGUUAUAACGGAUGUGAACGGAGACAUGUUGUUCAAGGUGAAGGACCCGGUGUUUGGUCUUCACGACAAGAGGAUUUUAUUGGAUGGUUCUGGAUCCUCGGUCUUGAAUAUGAGAGAGAAGAUAGUGAGUUUGCAUCACAGGUGGCAAGUAUUUAGAGGAGUGAAUAAAGAACCGGAAGAUCUGUUGUAUACGGUGAAGAGAUCAUCGAUGAUUCAGUUUAAGACAAAACUUGAUGUGUUUUUAAGUCACAAUAAGGAAGAAAAGAGCUGCGAUUUCCGAGUUAAAGGGAGCUGGUCCCAGAGCUCUUGUGUCAUCUACCUAGGUGAAUCUGACACCAUUAUUGCCGAAAUGAACAAGAAUGAUACGUUGAAGAGCGUUUUGUUCGGAAAGGACAAUUUCUCAGUGACGGUUUAUCCAAAUGUAGAUUAUGCUUUCAUUGCCUCUCUCAUCGUCAUUCUCGAUGAUGUAGACCGAGACGCCGCUGCCAUCGCUUCCACCGCUUCCAACCUCGCUGGUUUCAUCUGAUGCUCACGUGCAAUGCUCUCUUUUUGAGUUUCUAGUUUAUCAUAUAGCACCAUCCUUGAUGGAGGUGCUUCUCACGCUCACUAUAUUACAUCUGCUUUUGGAUUAAGUAUUUCUAAAUUGUUGCGCUUUAGAAUGUAUCCUUGUCGUGUCAUCUUUUUCUUAAUUGUAAAAUAAUUAAAUUUUCUAUUUUUUACUUAAUUAAUACAAUAUUUUAUUUGAUACUAGUUGGUUUACUUGCGAAUGUGUCAUUCAUUUUUA